GUAGCGGUGAUGUGUGUGAAGGCGGUACCCGGAAGUGCGUCAAAAGAAGAGCGACGUGUAUCAACGACACCUGCGUGUGUGAUGCCAGAGGCGAUGGCAAUGGCAACUUUGCCUGCUUUACUACUGGAACCUAUCACGCCGAGAUCCUCAACGACCCCAGAUUAAGAACGUUCGCCCGAGAUAGUGUUCCAGUUCCGGUCACGUGUAGAUAUCUGUUCUCUCACUUCCGGACUCAGUUCUCGGACUAUCCCAACAGCACCUGCGAGAUUAUGAUUCACGCCUACAACAGCAAGCAUGCUGGGAAGAUCUUUGUACACGGCUACGAUUUGGCGUUGAGGAUAUCUCCCAUCCUGCCCUUGGGAUUCUCGUCUCGACAAUAUGGCACCGGAUUCCAAGGGACUUACACGUUCAGAGAAAGCGAGAGUGUCCAGUUCAGCCCUGAUGGACCAUGGGACAUGUUUGAGCCACCCGUGACCCUCUAUUUACCGGAUUCGGUGGUGAGGACACGGCACGACCCCUACAAUAACUUCGGCUACGUUGAGGUUGAGAGUUGCGGUUUCAGUGUUCGCUUCCGCCCCUUCGACACAGUUUAUGGCAAAGAUCAGACACAAGUACCGGGCCUGGCCCUGUCUGUUAACCCUAUGCAUAACCCAGAAUGGUUGUCUCUGGACCGAGUUAUGGCGCUUGUACCGGCGGGAGAGCCAAGUCUGCAAGCGCUCUCGGUCGAAGCUGGAUUGGAACCCCAACAUGCCAUGCUGCUACGUCUGGCUCAAUCAGGAGUAGCACAGAAUCAACCCAACGCUUCCUUGGAGUGCACAGUCUGGGCUGACGCGGUGACGUCAUGUAGAGACAGGCCACGAAGAAAACUGGCGUUCGAAACGUGCACGUUUGCUGUGAAGAUAGCCAGGGUGAUCAAAUGUGCUGGCUCUUUAGAUAGUGGAGACGCCAUGAUGAGUCUAUUUGCACGUUGUUUCCAGAGCAUCUGCUUCCAGGACAGAUCCAGCUGCAGACAGAUCCAGCGAGAGCUGUCCUCGUGCCCAAACAUCCAAGGCAUUGCUGAAGUCGAGGCCUUCCUUCAGCCUUCAACCUGUGGAAUGCCUAGCCUCUAA